CAGUCAUUUUGCCAUUAUUGCUUAUAUCCGGAUAAACAGAUUUCGGAUGGUCGACAAUUGAAUGUCAUAAAUAAUUCACAUUCAUCAAUCUUCAUAAAGUUUUGUUUUAAUUAUUAAUAAUCUUAAAUAUUUUUUGUGUCAAUAACUGACUGUUAAGUGUUUGGAUGUAAGUAAGAACAGGAAAAAGAUCUAUAUCUUAGCUGACCGAUGUCAGUAAUUUUUUUUUUUGCUAGUGUUUAAGGUGUCAUGUGUUGAGAAAUAAUCCAGCCUGCAGUAGUUGGAAGUAACAAGUUAGAUUAAGUUGCCAAUUCUUUUGAUUGUGGAACACUUACAAGCAUUUGAUAUCAAAAUGUUGUACAAGCCCGGUUUUGCCAGGUCUGUUUUCAUGGCAUCCAACAUUGAUGACAUUAGCGUUUGUGGUAGGCAUGUUUGAGGCUAUGCUGGUGUUCAACAGAGAGAGCUCAAUAUUUGUUAAUAUGCAAAGACCUACAAAAGUCCUCAUCCAUCACGUGCUUCAAGUGUUCGCAGUUGUGUGCUCACUCACAGGAUUUACGGUCAUUUAUUAUAACAAAGUUUUAAAUGAGAAACCACAUUUCACCUCAUGGCAUGGUCUGCUAGGCAUUAUAACAGUGUGUGCUAUUCCUUUAGCAGCCUUGGGCGGAAACAUUGUGAAAUACCAGUUUUUACGAGAUUUGUUCAAAAUUAAGAUCAGCCUGGGAAAAUUAAAAAUAUAUCAUGCCACAGCAGGCCUUGUGGUGUUUACCUUGGUCAUGUUCACUCUUAUGCUGGGACUGUACUCCGAUUGGUUUGUAAAUCAAGUCUCCAGCAUUCUGUGGUAUAUUUCUGCGAUGUCGGUUUCCUUUAUGGCUGUUGUUGUGAUGAAUCAAGUCACCCAGGAGUACCUUCCAAGAGCACAAGGUCGGGUACCGAUAACAAGUCUGGGCCCAGCAUCUGCAGCAGCUACAGGUAACAGAAACACUGCAAAAUUUUCAUCAGGAAACCAGACAGGCAACAAAAGUGCUAAGAAAGAGUCCAAGAAGAAGAAUUAGAAUAAACAUGUAGUACUGUUUUUACAUGGUUUAACAUGUCCAUGUUGUUGACAUUAAUGAUCAGUCUUUUUUAAAAAUCAGAUUGUUGAAAAAUUACUGCUCAAUAAAAAAUUGAUGAAAAAUAAAUGCUCAUUUAAAAUUUGUGUGAAUAUUGAAAAAUGAAAUGUUUUAAAUUUAUAGUUUCUUCUGAUGUGACAAUUUUAAAAUUUCAAUUGCAUGUAUUAUGCUACUGAGUAUUGAAUGUUGAAAUCAAGAUAUUGGUAACGAACAACUUUCAAGAAAGUUCCAUCAUAUACAAAGAAUCAAGGUAUUGUCAUAGUCUGUGUUUUGUUGUCGGCCUAGUGCAUUACUCAUUUACCAUUAAGAUAUUCAUAUGAAACUUGGACACAUUGUCUCUUGCAACAUGUUUACUGUGUGUAGCAAGGCUGGUAACUCUGGGCUUAAUUGUUGUUGAUUUUUCCCCUUGUUUGACUGAGAGAAAAAAACAGAGACAACCAUUGUUUUUUUGCUUAUCUUCCUCUUGUUUGUUUUUUGAAAUGCUUUGUCAUUAUGUUUAUAAAUGCACUAUAUUUAAGAUUUGUCAUUAGUAUUUUAAUCAACUAUAUUGUUAAAAUUCAAUCAGCUGUGUUCAAGGUUACUUAUGUGUAACUAAGUAUUACUUAUUUAUCUGCCUUGACAUUACAUGGUAAGGAUCGUAUUUAUCUUUUACAAAUUAAUGAUCAAAAACUGUAUAUUGCCUGUGCCUUUUAAGAUAUUUUGCCUUGAAAAAGGUAAAAAAAAUAAGUAUAUUAUACUGUAAGUGAUAUUACAGAAUUAAUAAAAAAAACUCUCAUGUGUUAAUGGGUUUAAGGAUGCUUGUCAUUGAAUACAUGUCAUAUACUUGCUGUUCAGGAUUGUACAUUUGAUUUUGUAUUUGCCUUUAAAAUCAUUUCACAUUUCAUGAUUUGUUGGUUUAUAGUCUGUUUUUAAAACUUAAGUGCCUGUUAUAUCAUUGGAUUUUAUUUAAAACUCCUAUAUCUGUAGAAAUUGUACAGAUGGCUACAAGCAGAUAAGAUUUUUUUUAAUAUUGUUUUCAACUUAACUAUACUAUCUGAAGUUCAAUUUACAUGAAUGUAUAGCAAAACAAUGAAAAUAUAGACUUAAAAAGAUAAUUUCAACUUGCACUUAGAAUCUACAAUAAGAAGGGCUUAGGUCUAAAACUCAAUGACAAAACCUUUCUGGCUUUACAUUCAAUUUUGGUUUGAAUUUUAUUUUACUACUGUUGUGAAGGAAGAACAUUCAAUUUUAGUUUGAACUUUAUUUUACAACUAUUGUGAAGGAAGAUAUAAGAACAUAUGCUUAGUCUAUCUGUGUGUGCAAGAGGGUGGUCUUGUGUUGUGGGGAAAAUUGGAGAGACCGGGGAAAACCCCAGCUUGGUGACCACCAACCAAACUUACAUAGGUCCAUGCUGGCAUCAAUUCCUUGGGCGCCUUGCUGAGGAGAGAGUGUGCUAACCAAUGUGUUCAUUGCAGUAUUCCUCAUAUUUUGGACCAAAAGCAAUCAUCUGGUAUAUAGCAACGAAAGUCCAAACCUGUUUAUACACCAUGUUAUUGUGAUUUCCUUGUUUAUACUUUCCUAGUAUAAUCCAAAUUUGGGACCAGUUAGAAAUUUUAAGUGUACAUGUAGGUAUUUCUUCUUUACAGGAUAUUAAACUUUGAAAUCCA